CAAAAUUUGACACAAAUAUAUACAUAUAUGUGCAUUUGGAUAGCAAAUAUAUAAAAAAAUGUUAAGAAUUUGCACCACAGGGCGCCAGAGAUUCUAGGCACUGGGCACCAGGCAGGCCGCCUAGGGGCCGCCUAGCGUUUUUUGAAACCUUAAUUCGAGGAGAGUCCAGUUGAGGCUAAUGUUUACCUCGAAUAAAUGGAGAGCAUGCAACUAGUCUAAGGAUCAGGUUGAGACGAAGGUGAGAGAUAUUAUCCUUUCUAAGGCUUUUUUGCGAUGGGUGAAAGGCGCUCCUAAGGUAUUUUUUCCUCUCGUCAAACUCCUUCGCAUGGUUGGUAGUGAUAAAGAUUCUAUAGGCUACAUAUAUGAGGCUAUGGAGAGAUGCAAGAGAGAGAUAACCCAAAAUUUAGAUGAUGAUGAGAGCUACUACAAGUCUAUUUGGGAGAUUAUUGAUGAGAAGUGGGAUAAGCAACAACAUUGGCCAUUACAUGCAGCUGGUUAUUAUUUAAACCCAUCUUUUUUUAUGUUGAUAGGGAUAUACACACAAAUGACACAAUUAUGACAGGAUUUAAUAAGUGUGUAGAUGUGCUAAUCCCUUAUCCGGAUAUCUAAGAUAUUAUAUGUGCUGAUGAGGUGAUAAACUACAAGUGCGCAUGCAAGUCUUUUGGGAGUCCAAUGGUGACAAGGCAAAGGACCAAAAUUGAUCCAGCCACUUGGUGGAGCGAACAUGGAUGUAGUGCUCGAAAUUUACAAAAGUUGGUCAUUCAAAUCUUAAACCAAACCACUACCUCGUCCGAUUGUGAGCGGAAUUGCAAUACUUUUGAGAUGAUUCAUACAAAGAAAAGGAACAAGCUUGAAUCAAAGAGGCUCAAUGACCUAAUCUAUAUCAAGAUAAUCGAUUCUAGAAGGACAGGUUUGCUAAGAGAGAUAAGAGAGACCCCCCUCAGAUCAAAAAAUAUGGACAAUGCUAUGGAGUGAUUGGUUGAUGAUGAUUAGGUCGAGGGGCAUAAAGGAUUGACAUGAGACAUAAUCAUGGAUGCCUCAGGGACAUCAUUCGACCCUCCUAGGGCCAUUAGAUCUUCUUCACAAACGAUGGGGGUAGAGGAAGCAGAGGCAGAUUCAGAAGAGAUAAAGAAGGAUGACCAUUAUGUCGAGGAGGGAGAUGAUGACGGUGAUGAUGGCAUCGACUCCGAUGCAUAUGAUGCAGAUGCAGCUAACCCUACUUUUUCUAAUAAUGAAUGAUGAAUCAUGAUUGAAGAUUCUUUUGAGUCUUCAAGUAUUUCUUUCAUUUUUGUUUUCCUCCUCUUUGUUGUGUAUUGUAGAUUUGUGGUUCCACUAGUUUGGUAACUUUGGUAAUUUGAUUGGUAAAUUUUAAGUUUUAAUUAUGUGUGGACUGUCGACUAUCAAAUUAUGGAAUAUGGGUAAUUGGAU